AUGUGCAUCAAGAACCCAUACAACUUUCCGAAGCCUGAUAGAGCCAAGCAAUGGAUGGUCCGAAUCUUGGGGGAGGGUGUCUUACUCGCCGAGGGUAAUCCACACAAGCAACAGCGCAAAGCCCUAUCUCCAGGCUUCUCAACUCAAUCCAUCAAGGCUUUGACACCUAUCUUCUGGCGAAAAUCCCUGCUCUUGUCUAAGCUCUGGGAGCGAGACAUGCUCGUCGAAAAGACGCGCACCAAAAAAAUUGAAAUCCUAGAAUGGCUCAACAGGACCACUCUGGACAUCAUCGGAGAAGCUGGCUUCGGCACUGACCUCGACUCCCUCGAGCACCCCGAAACCCCGAUCCGUGAAGCCUACCGCCUUGUCUUUGCUUUCGACAUAAGUUCCCGUCUGUUCCACGGGCUCGCCGCCUUCAUUCCGCAGACGAAGUAUCUGCCCGCGAAGAUGAACCGUGAUGUACUUCAAAGCCGCAACAUCAUCAUCAGUAAGGCGAACGACAUUAUACGCCAGAAGCACCAAAAGACGCAUGCCAAAGAUAAAGACAUCAUUGCACUCAUCGUUAAGGAUAACAUGAAGAUGGAAGCCGCGGGCGAGGCUUCUCUAUCCUUCGAUACCAUGCGCGACCAGGUGAUGACUUUCCUUGGCGCCGGCCACGAUACAACGGCAACCGGUGUUGCUUGGACCAUUCAUCUGCUCUCAACGCAUCCCGAAAUUCAGCAGCGUGUCAGAGCAGAGAUCAAGCAACACUACCCCUUCCUCUUCGAUCCCACGACCCGCAGUGACGUCGAGCGUCUUUCAAAGCUUGACGCUGACAAUCUCCAUUACUUGGACAACGUAUGCCGCGAAUCCCUGCGGUACAUUCCGCCUAUCCCCAUGACAGUGCGCCAAUCCAUCGUCGAGGACCAGCUUGGUGGCUUCGAUAUUCCCGCUGGCACAACGGUAUACAUCCACGCCAACGCUAUACAUCGCCUGCCUUCUUUCUGGGGUGACAACGCUAAUACCUUUGACCCCGAUCGGUGGGAUCAUCUUCCUGCUGACCACACGUCCAACGCAUUCAUGACGUUCCUGCAAGGUCCGAGAGGUUGCAUUGGUCGUAAAUUUGCGGAGACGGAGAUGAAGUGUCUCGUCAUCUGUCUUCUGAGUAUGUACCGCUUUGAGCGUGAUAUCACUGUGGACAAUCCUGAGCUGUGGAAGAUGUGGCGGUUGGUUUUGAGACCAAGAGAUGGGAUUAGCUGCAAAGUUAGUGUGUUGGAGGAAGAGGAGAAGGCCGCCGUCCUUGUUUGA